AGGGUACAAUCGUCUUUGUGGAUUAUAAAACCCUGCACAAUAUCACUGGUACCUUUCAAAACCCUAAUUCUCUUUCCCCCCUCUUUUGUGUUCGCAAAUCAGGAGCUGCUUCUCAGUCGGCUCAACAAGUCACCGCAAUCCAGAAUGUCUCUGGUGGCAAAUGAGGAAUUUCAGCACAUUUUGCGUGUGCUGAAUACCAAUGUUGAUGGGAAGCAAAAUAUUAUGUUUGCUUUGACUUCUAUCAAAGGUAUCGGCAGGCGUUUCGCCAACAUUGUUUGCAAGAAGGCUGAUGUUGACAUGACCAAGAGGGCGGGUGAGUUGACUGCUGCUGAGCUAGAUAAUCUGAUGGUCAUUGUUGCUAAUCCUCGCCAAUUUAAGAUCCCAGACUGGUUUUUGAAUAGGCAGAAGGAUUAUAAGGAUGGAAAAUAUUCUCAGGUUGUGUCUAAUGCUUUGGACAUGAAGUUGAGGGACGAUUUGGAGCGAUUAAAGAAAAUCAGGAACCACCGUGGAUUGAGGCACUACUGGGGUCUUCGUGUCAGGGGACAGCACACAAAGACCACUGGCCGUCGUGGAAAGACUGUUGGUGUUUCCAAGAAGCGGUGAACAACCUACUUGGUUGAACAAUUUUAUAAAUGGGUUGGCAGAGUUAAUGUACUGGCACUAGUAAUGUCUGCAGUAGAAAGGUUUAGGUGUGAGUUUGCUAGAUUGAGUUUGUUUAAUUGUAUUAACUUAUACUGCUUUGUAAUGCUUAUGAUAUUUUAUAGAUUUUGAGAUUAUUUUCAA